AAACUGGAAGUCAAAACACAGAUUCUCCAAAUGAAGAUAAUUCAGCAAAAGCUACUACAGAAAUUGCCUCAGAAAAUGUAACAAAAGAAGCUGACAAAUCUCAUCUAACAAAAACUGUUGAGAACUCAGACUCAGAAAAAGAUAACAACAUGGAAGAAAUUACCUUUAAUAUUGUAACCUCCAAGAAACGUAAGAAAAAAAAUAGUUCAAAAGAUGGUAGCUCUUCUUCAGAAUGA